UUAAACAAUGUGAAAGUAAGUGAGCAGUUUGUUUUGUCCGCCACUGUAUAAAUUGAAAGUCUUCAACCGAGUCACAUCAAAACUUUCUGUUAAGCUUGUGCGGCGGAAGCUUUUUGUGCAACUUAACAGCGCAGCUGCUGUUAUCUAACAGCUGCAGACAAUUGCCCAAGCAAAUGCUCAGUUGCAGUGAAUUGGCCAAACAAGAAGUUCGGCAGCGGUUAAACAAACGCAAAGAGAAUUUAAUUAAGUGAAAAUACGUUGGGUUCAAACCUUCAACUUUAUAUGUGUCAAAGAUAAUUGAAAAACUAAAAGUUAAGUGAGUGCGCGCAAGAAGUUCACAUCAUAUUUUUAAUCAACUCGUUUAAAUAUUUGAGCAAACUAUCUUAACGUUAAGAUCGCUAAUUGGCAACUAAUUAAACUGUGGCGCCCAUAAGUAUUCGGACAUCUGUUCGGGAAUCCGCUCUCCAGCCAACGAGAGUGUCAAGAGCACAGAAAAAAAUGCAGCAGCAUCACAGAUCCGGAUCGCUUUACUGUGGCGUCACGCUGGUUGGCGUGACACUUUUGGUGCUGCUCCGGCUGAUGCCGGGCAGCCCCUUCGGGGUGUACGCGAUGGUCGAGGGGGGGCACUAUCAUGAACGCAAUGGCAUACACACAAAGUGCAGUUUCUUCGACACGGUCAACUUGACGGGGUAUCCGUCGUACCCGAACGGCAGCUACAGCUACGAGGGCGUGCUGAUACCCAGCCACUAUGUGGGCACCUUCGACUACAUCUACAAGGAUCUGGUGGAUCGUGUGGAUGUGGCGCCGCAUAUGCGUGGCUGCAUCUGCAAGCUGAAGCCCUGCAUCAACAUUUGCUGUCCCUGGGGUCAGAUUUACAACAACAGCGAGUGCCAGAAGGACACCAACACGAAGCAAAUGUGGCCAGAGCCAACAAUCAAUAUCACACUCAACAAUGGAUCCGUGCAGAAUGUGAACAUCUACGAACAGUUCGUGGUGCAAAGCUUCAGGCCCUGCACCGAAAUGUUCUCCCUACUGCCGGAGAUCAACUACUAUGACACCUACCAGCUGUACGAGAAUGGCACACUGCUGCGCGAGGAUGACAUGCACUACAUCUACAAGAACGAGUUCUGCCUGGUGCCCACCAAUAUCAACGACACGGAUCUCUACUACACCAUUAACCCGGCCAACUGCGACAUGUUCAACGAGAACACCACGGUGAAGAUCAUCAAUGGUUUCGCUAUGCUGUUCUCCAUACCCUUCAUGCUGCUGACCAUUGCCGUAUAUCUGCUGAUUCCGGAGCUGCGCAAUCAGCAUGGCAAGUCGCUGGUCUGCUACCUGCUGGGCCUGACCAUUGGCUACUCGCUGCUGUGCUGCCUGCUGCUGAUGCACGACAUGAAUCCGUUUGGGCUGUCCUGCAAGCUGCUUGGCUAUACGGCGUACUUCUUCUUCAUGUCCGCCUUCUUUUGGCUGAAUGUGAUCAGCUUUGAUUUGUGGCACAAUUUCCGUGGCACACGCGGCAUCAAUCGGUUCCAGGAGAAGAAACGCUUUUUGCUCUACUCGCUGUACUCGUGGGGCUUGGCUUUGGUCUUUCUCGUGUUCACGGUGCUCGUGCAGGAGUAUUUUGACUGGCCGGAGGCGCUCAAGCCGGGCAUUGGCGCCGGACAGUUCUGCUGGCUGGACAUGACCAACUGGUCGGCCAUGCUCUACUUCUUCGGACCUAUUCUGAUCAUCAUUGUGGCCAAUACCGUGAUGUUUAUGAUGACUGCGAUCAAGAUCCAUGGCGUGCAGCGUGAAAUGGCGAGGAUUAUCGCACGCGAGGAUAGCACCAAGAAUCUGCGCACCGAGAAGGACAAAUUCGGUCUGUUUUUGCGCCUGUUUCUGAUCAUGGGCGUCACCUGGUCCUCGGAGAUCAUCUCAUACUUUGUGGGCAACGACAAGAAGUGGUCGAAGAUCUUCUACGUAACCGAUUUGUGCAAUGCCAUGCAGGGCUUUCUCAUCUUUAUGCUGUUCGUGCUGAAGAAGAAGGUGAAGCACUUGAUAACGAACAGGUGCUCGAGCGGGCGCGAGGGCAGCCAUCAGCGGCAGAGCCAAUAUUCCACAAAGACCACGUCCAGCAGCGUCGCCAAUCUCUCCAUGCACGAGAAGAGCUCCUCGGAGAAGCCGCUCGUCUCCACGCUGGAUCAACAACAACAACAACAACAGCAACAACGCACAACCAGCUUCCGCUGAACUUACAGUGGCGCACGAAAGUCGCGCACCAGUUGCGUUUUUUUUUUUGGCAGGUCUAGUCCUUGGCUGACGUCCUUGCGUCGUGCUUAUCGCAUCGAAUAGCUGGGCGCCCAGUGCCUUCCCCUACCCUCUCCCCCUACCUACGCCCCUUGCGCUCACCGCCCAGCAGCCAUACUUAUUAUUAUAUAUCGUAGCAUUAAAAAAAAGACACUAUAUCUAUAUUAUAUAUGUAUAUUUAACCCAUAUAACAUCCAUAUCUGCCUGUAAAUGUCUUGUGAUCCAUAUCCAACACGAUUAUCUUUUUAUACAUAUAUCAGCAUAUAUAUAUACGUAUAUGCCUAUAUGUUGAUCUGAUAUCUGAUUAGUCAUGUAAGCGUUGUCAUAUCUGCUCUUUAACUGAAAUUAUUUUUAUGAUGCCCGAGCUUCUGAUCUGCUCAGAGCUCCCUUUUUUACACAAAAAAAAAAAUGGUUAAAGAAAAGCCACAAAAUGCGCAUUCAUAAAACUCGAGAAUCGUUAAACGCAUACUCACGCACAUUAUAUAUAUGUAUGUAUGUAUGUACGUUAAAGAAAAUACUAUUUUAUGUCGAGUUUAUUAUAAAAAUAAAAUGUAAAGCCAAAGAAAUCAAACACUUGAGAAUUGCAUACAAUAUAUGCCAAGUGCAGCUAACGGUAACUCAACUACACUUAUAGAAAAUAAGCACAAACUAAAUAAAUUUAAAUGCCAUAAAACUGUUCCCAGCAUUUGAAAAGUUCGCCUUGAUUGUUACCAUUAAGCAUGGACAACAACCUGCAAACGUCAUUUGAUGGGAACAGUAUAUAAACAAUCUUUUUUGACAUGCACUGGCAAGUCUUCCUUUUAAUAAAAUAUUUGUGAAAUAAUAUAUACGAUUGCGUAUUGCACUUUGCAAUAUAUGAGAGUUCAAUUAUUGUAACAAAUGCAGUCCUACACUUGCUCUGUUCCCAUUGUAAAGAAGCUGUUUGCCUUACAAAUAAUUGCUCCUUUAAAUUUGUUAGCAAAGACAACCACCUGCUUGCGUGCGUUUGCUGAAUGUAAAAUCAUGUAUGCAAACCUGCUUAAUAGCAAUUGGAACACUAAAUAAAGCAGCAUUUUCUUUGGUUCGACUAUAA